AUGAUAUCAUGGGGUAUCCGUGGGGCAUCCAUGAACACCAAUCUCUAGCGCUUUUCCAUCGUCAGCGAUCCUAAACCCCUUAAAAAACCCUUCACUGAAUCCUUCAAGAACGCAACCCAAAUUCAUUUUUUCAUGUAAAUUUUGUAUUUUUUUCCACCACCAAACGCACACACAGCUAUGAAUUCAACACUUCUCAGAACAUCACCAUUCAUCCAUCGUCGCCCUUUACACUCUUCACGAGUCCCGGAGCCUUUUGCCCCCUUUCGAUACCAUCUCAAUACAAAACCAUUAUGGAAACACAAGCUUCAGAUUUCACGAACCUCCAGUUUCUUCGACACCAAAGUAUACCCAAAGAAUCCCAUAACCAGAGAAAUUGUACCCGAAGAAUCUACCAAAGAUUCGUCAAGAAAAGAGGGUUUUGAGAAGUUUGGGGGUUUAUUGAGAUGCGGAUUUCUUCUCGGUCUGUUGGUUUUGGGGGUAAUUCGAUGUCAAAGAGCUCUCGCAUUGGAUACUGGUAGCGAUUUGGGGGUUUUGGUACAGACGGGCGUUGUUCAUACGCAAGGCUUCUGGAAUGGGCCCAAAAUUUCACAGAUUUUCCUAGUUUUCAGAGAACAAGGUUUGAUUUUAGCUGCACUUUUGGGCUUAUCUGCCUUCUUUUCCAUGGCCGAGACUUCGAUCACCACUCUUUCACCUUGGAAGGUGAGAGAGCUAGCUGAAAAAGAAGAUGAAAAUGGCGUCUUCAAGCUCCUUCGUACUGAUAUCACACGAUUCCUCACCACCAUUCUCAUUGGCACAACUGUAGUCAACAUAGGAGCUACUGCACUUUUCACUGAAGCAGCAACAACAGUGUUUGGUGAAGCUGGUGUUAGUGCAGCAACUGGUGUCAUGACUGUUGUUGUAUUACUUCUCACUGAAAUAACUCCCAAAAGUAUAGCUGUUCAUAAUGCUACUGCUGUUGCUAGGGCUGUGGUUCGUCCAGUUGCAUGGCUCUCAAUUGUUUUAUAUCCAGUUGGAAGAGUUGUAACUUUUCUUUCAAUGGGAAUGCUUAAAAUUCUUGGUUUAAAAGGGAAAAGUGAGCCAUCUGUGACAGAAGAUGAACUGAAGUUGAUGUUGAGGGUUGCUGAGUUGAGUGGGGCCAUUGAGGAAGAAGAACAAGAUAUGAUUGAGAAUGUGUUGGAGAUAAAAGAUACUCAUGUGAAAGAGGUUAUGACUCCUCUUAUAGAUGUAGUUGCAGUUGAUUCUGGAGCAACAUUAGUUGAUUUUCAUCACUUAUGGGUGACUCAUCAAUACUCUAGGGUGCCAGUAUUUGAGCAACGAAUUGAUAACAUUGUGGGUGUGGCUUAUGCAAUGGAUUUGUUGGAUCUUGUUCAGAAAGGAGAUAUGCUAGAAACUGCUAUGGUGGGAGAGAUUGCUCAUAAGCCUGCUUAUUUUGUCCCUGAUUCAAUGUUGGUUUGGAAUCUUCUUAGGGAGUUUCGCAUCCGGAAGGUCCACAUGGCAGUUGUUCUUAAUGAAUAUGGAGGAACAGUUGGAAUUGUAACCCUCGAGGAUGUUGUUGAAGAAAUUGUUGGUGAAAUCUUCGAUGAGAAUGACUCAAAGGAGGAAAUUGAUAGAAAAACUGGGAAUAUUGUGAAGAGAGGGGAUGGAGUCUUUGAUGUUGAUGCAAAUACAUCAAUUGAUCAACUUUGUGAAGAUUUAGAUAUUAUUUUGCCAGAGGAUCAUCAAUAUGAGACAGUUUCAGGGUUUAUAUGUGAAGCAUUUGGAUAUAUACCAAGAACAGGUGAAAGUGUUAAAGUAAUUCUUAAAAAAGCAAAUGAAGAAGAUGAUGAUGAGAGUAAACAAGAACAUAAAAAUCAAGAUCAGAAAGAAAAAUCCCAAACAUUCAAACUUGAGAUAUUGGCAGGAAAUUGUAGAAAGGAAGUGGUGAUGAUGAAAGAUUUUAUCAAGAAACACCCCAAACCACCAUUAACAACCAAUGAUCAUCAUCAUCAAGGUUUUUGAGGUUCUGUUUGCUUGGUGUAUAUAUUGAGUCCAAGAGAGAGAGAAUCUUGAAAACAGAGUCUAGGGUGCACCGAUGACCUAACCGGUGGUGGCUCAUAACGGAGAGCUAUAGAAGAAGCACCACCACCACCGCCUGCCGCCAUCAACUUGCCGCCUUGCCUUCCCAUGGAAUGAAGAGCUUUUAUUUUGUGGGAUAUUUGUUAAUUUUUUUGUGUUGAACCUAUUUGAUGGUUUCUUUAUAUAUAUAUAUAAUGUAGGGGUGUGUUUUUUGGUUUAUAAUAAUAUUUGUUUUGGAGAGUGAGCCUCCCUUUGUGGAUUCUUGAUGACGUCAUUGGGGUAUAGAAUCGGCUAAUGGAGCACAAGAUCCAAGGGGAAAAAGAAGAGUGAAGGCAAAAGGACUUUUUGAAGGAAAGAAAGGGUGAGGGAGUGAGGACAAGAGGACAAAGAGGAAAAAAGUGGUAGUGUUUGGAAUGUUGUGUUUGUGAGAAUAUAAGGUUAGGUUUGAUGCUGUGGUCAGGGUUUUUGUAAUUUUUUUUUUGGAGUGCUUUAAGCUUUGUAGAAGAUGACAACGUUUUUGGUUUCUUGUUUAUGGAG